GGUCGCACCCGAGUGGCCGGAGGUGGAGGAGUGGGGGAGAGCAACCAUGACGGGCGGCAUCGCGGGGGGUCGAGAGGUUCGACAGUCCGGGCAAAGGACGCGGUCUCCGGGUCACCAGAGGCUUUGCAGUCGGGGAGCUGGUGCUCUGCAGCCCGGCCUAUUCGUUUGUGCUGUCGGGAGAGGAGAGAGGCUCCCGCUGCGAGUUCUGCUUCACUAAGAAAGAGAAGCUGGCAAGAUGUGGGAAGUGCAAGAAAGCCUCCUACUGCAACGCAAAAUGUCAGAAAGGGGACUGGGCCAUGCACAAGCUGGAGUGCUCUGCCAUGAUGGCGUUCAAGGAGAACUGGUGCCCGUCGGAGAUUUCUCGCCUGGUCGCCCGGAUCCUCGCCAAGAAGAGAACGCAGAAAGAAAGAUGUGUUUCUGAGAAGAUCUUGCUCAUAGACGACAUUCAAUCACACGUGGAGGACGUGGACAACGAGAAAAGAGAGAGGAACGAGGCAGAAGUCGCCGGGCUGCAUCGUUUCUUCUCCAAACAUUUGGAGUUUCCCGACCACAAAGACCUUCUCGCGCUCAUCUCACAGGUGGCCUGUAAUGGUUUCACCAUAGAGGACGAUGAGCUGUCUCACCUGGGUACUGCACUCUACCCAGACGUGGCGCUGAUAAACCACAGCUGCCUCCCCAGCGCCAUCGUCACGUACGACGGCACGGCGGCGCAGGUUCGAGCGGUGCGGAACAUGGAGCCUGGAGAUGAAGUGCUCAUCAGCUACAUAGACCUCAUGUAUCCCACCGACGACCGCAACAACAGGCUGAGAGAGUCCUAUUACUUCACCUGCGACUGCCGGGACUGUAAAAGCAAGUCCGGCGACAAGGCCAAGUUGAGAGUGCGUAAGCGGAGCGACCCCGUCGAGCCGCAGGCCAUCGGCAACAUGGUGCGCUACGCCAGGAAAACCGUCAGAGAGUUCCGGGCCGUCAAGCACAUAAAGACCCCUAGCGAGUUGCUGGAGAUGUGUGAACAGAGCCUGGAGGAGAUGGGAUCCAUCUUUGAGGACGCCAAUGUCUACAUGGUCCACGUGAUGUACCAGGCCAUGGGGGUUUGUCUCUACAUGGAGGACCCAGAAGGAGCUCUCCGGUACGGCGAGAAGAUCAUCAAGCAUUACAGCAAGUUCUAUCCACCGUUCUCCCUGAAUGUGUCCUCCAUGUAUCUGAAGUUGGGCCGGUUGUACAUGGGCCUCGAGAGGCGCUCAGCGGGUGUCAGCGCUUUCAAGAAGGCAAUGGCCAUCAUGGAGGUGGCUCACGGGAAGGAUCACUUCUACUUGACAGAGUUGCGCAAAGAGAUGGCACAACAAUGAGGAGAAAGUAAAGACUUCAUACCCUCCUUUGAAGAGGAGCUUUACAGAACCGAAGCCAUUUUCUGUUAUUUUUAGAACUGACGUUAACUGACAUUAAACUUUUUACAUCAGCUUUA